GGCACGUCACUUUACACCUUCUGUUUGCUUCCUUCGUUCGUGUUCAUUAAAAGGCAAUUCUUUUUCUGCUAAUUUCACAUAGCAAUUCAGCCAGAAACGUUCGUGGAAUACAAUAGAUAACUGUAUAAAAGGCGAAAAAACACAUAGAAAGCGAAAAGAGCAGAACCACAAGAGCUGUCAUUCCAGUGGUACAACAAAAAUCUACAGGUAGUUCAUUUUUCAAGCCAAAAUCGAACCGUGAAGUCAUCAAGCAGUCAACAUAUAACAUUCAACAUGUCGGAAGAGAAAGCUGAAAGCUUCUCAUCCCAGGAAACGUUCAACUACAGCGUAGAAACCAACCCAUCCGGCAACGGUCAUGAAAUCCAAGCAGACGUUGUCCAUGUCGUGCAACCACAAAGGAAGAGAAAGAUACAAACCAAGGGUACAAGAAGGACACGCACCACACAACCUCUUCCGAAAACGGGAGAGUGUGUCAAAUCCAGCUACAAAGCGUGUCUGGUGUCGGCUAUAAAGAAAAUGGUACUAGUAGACAAACUCGAAACGGAGAUCCUAGCUCGGCAUCGUAAUUUCACCUUGAAACAUCGCGAACAAAAAACUGCUCCCAACGAUCCAGCCAACGCCAAUAGUGGUACAUAAUCUUCUAAUUUCACAGUCACAGAGAGAGGAGAAAGAGAAAAACACCACUGCUCAUCAGUUAUUAAUUGUUAAUCGAAUUUAUUGCUUCAGUACAACAGUAAAAUUAGUCCUAACAUG